CCGCAAAAGCUCGGCUCAAGUUUUGGGGUCGGGCUUGGCUUGCUGCACUUUGCAGAAGCCAUAGCGACGCUGACUUGGUCAGCGAAAGGAUCAAGUGAAGUGAAAGAAAAGAAAAAGAAAAGGAAAGAGCAAAGAAAAAGAAAAGGAAGUGGAGGCUGCAGGGCCACUCCACCUGUCCCGCUGGGAAGCCUCAUCCAGCACCCUGGGUUGUGCCUGGGGGUCUGUUCCUGAGGAAUGGACGAACUCCUCCGUGUGGGGAGAGAAGCUGGGCUUAAGGCCGAUGAGGUGACCAGCUGCCUUAGGCUGGGACGACCACUGACAGAGACCAAUUGGGUUCUGGCCAGUGAGGGUGAAGGAGGCAGCCUUGAUGUGGCCCUUGAGGUCUUUGAAAGCGGACGGUGGAUUGAGUAUCAGUGCUAUGAUGACGCUGGACAACCCCAAGGAAGAGCAGAGGUGGAGCUGCACAAAUGGGAAGAUGCCCAAGGAGGCUGGUUUGUUGGACAUCAUGGAGCAGCUCAGGGCCAGUACUAUCAGUGGUACGUGGAGAACCAGCUCCAGGCAGGAGUGGUAUUCCACCUGUGUGAUGGCCGGGCCUCAGCCUGCCGAAAGAAGACGGCAAGGGGCGACAGAAGGGCAGUCAUUCACGUGGACAAGUGGAGGAUGUUAACUCCCCAGGCGAUGGUCGAAGUGCCUUACUUGCGGGCCCAUGGAAUCCGGUUGGGCAAAACGGAGAUUGAAAAGUUUGCCGAAGAGAAGAAAGCCCAGAGGCCCCCUCCGGGCACUGGGCUGGAUCAGGCCAUGGAAGAGGCCCAGAGGGCCCGGGUGGCCCGCCCUGGAGGGACUGGCGCUGAGAGGCCAGAAAGAGGACGAAGCCGGUCCCCGAGGAAAUUCAAGAGGCUUUCUGACAAGUUGGAAGCCAGAGCAAAAGAGAAGCUGCAGGCUCGAGAAGGGCCGCGUGGCAGCGCCGACAAGGAGGUGGCUGAAGCUGGAGAACCAAAGGCGAAGAAAAAGAAAAGACAAAGAAGAAAAGGAAGGAGAGCUCCAGCAGUGGGAGUUCCGCUGGGAGCUCCUCCAGCUCGAUGUCAGUUUUUCGGGCGUCAUCGGCUCGGGGAGGCGACCUCUGGCGUUGGGCCCAAAAGAAGCCCGGGCAUCUCUCCAGCCGCAGCGACACGACGCAAAAAGAAGAUCCCUUCGACCAAAAAGUUCUGGGGUACGAUAGUACUCACCGCACAUCCUCCCAGCAAGAUCGGUGUCCGAGCCCACAGAGAGCUCGUCACACUGGCGACGGCGCUGGACGAGCUGCUCGAGAACAACACUCUCCGCUGCCUAGAUCUGCUCAUGCAGCGCUUCAAAGCAGUCGAAGCAUCGUUGCAGGACGGCGGAUGGAGUCUAGCUCGGCAUUACGAGUUGAUCCCUCCUCACGGGGCGCAACUCAGCCGAGAGGACGAGCGGGAGAUGGCCACCAAGGCCUGUGAGUCAUCCAAAAGACGCCCCCCGAAGUCCGAGCCCAGCUCGCCCGGAUCCAGUCCCCGAAUUGAGCGGAGGGUCCGGUGCCAGAGUGAAGUUCAACGAGAAGGCCCAGGUGAUCAACAGCCAGGACGCUUGGCCAAGGAAGAGUGGGCAAACCCCGAGGUGCUCGUGGUCGACGUCGAAAAAGAAAAGGCCAUCACCGACAAGACCAAAGUCGAAAGCCCCGGCGGAAGCGAAGGUCCACCCAGGAGAGAAGUCAAUCUGAAGCCAGUGUCAGACGAGAAGGUUCGAAAUCUCUUCCCGCUUCCCCUUUGGUUUGAUGAUGUUCAAGCUCUGAGAGAGGUUAUCAACCGGGGUGAGCACGGUGAGAAGAAAGACAAAAGGAGAGGAGGAUCCCUGACAAAGGGACAGGGCCAGAGGUUGGUCAGGCUUGAAGGUCUAAAGGCCUGGCAUGGACUGGUUGUGGUGUCCCUCAACUUUCUUUACGGUGACAGAGCAAAAGAUCACGGUCCCCCUCCGGGUUCGCAUGCCACUGCUGCUCAAGAAAAGGCGCUUUGUCGCAUCUGGGACCAACUGAAGGUCUUCUUGGAUGACAAAGAUGUUCGGGGUGUGCCAAGAACCCCACUGGCGGAUUGGAAACAUUCAGUCCAGGAAGUUGGCAUCAGCUACACCGGGGAGAUAGUCCAAAAAGCUUGUGCAAUCACUUUGGAGCAGAUCCUGCCUGGAUUGCCCAAUGCUGAGCAUGUGGGCUUGGUGAACCUGACGGAGUUACUCAGCCCCGAGUUGGCGAAAAUGUUGGAGCACCCUGGGAAGCUGGUCAAAGAGCUGUGUUUGGGACCGCGGCCAAAACCCCGCGUCCGCUGCAGCGAUGAAGCAUGGCCAGCGGUGGCCAAGGCAUUGUGGGACCGUGGGCUGGUGGCACCUUGUGAGUUUAUCCCUACAGUGGAUGAUGUGCCAGCUUUAAACGGUGCGUUUGGGGUGCCCAAGGCAGACGCUUUCCUCCCCUCGGGUGAGGAGAUCCUCAGGCUGAUAAUUGAUCUGCGCUGCACCAACUGGAUGAUGGAGCAGAUAGAGGCGGACACAGCCAGCCUCACAGGAGCAGCGACCUUCCAACGGAUAGUGGUGGAAGAAGGGAAGGAGCUGCUAAUCAGUGGCGAAGAUCUGACGUCUGCUUUUUAUCUUUUCAGGUUGCCAAAGGUGGCUCAUCGAAGGCUUGCCUUGAGCUCGCCCCUGAACGGGGGAGCCGGGUUGCACCAGCUGGCCGAAAUCACCCGGUUGUCAGAAUUCCCCGAGCUGAAUGAGCACGCAGGAUGGAGCAUCUACCUGGAUGACACAACCAUCGUCGAACAGGUGGCAGCCCAUGUAGUGGAGUCACUGAAGGACAAGCCCCAACCUGAACAAGAGAAGUUGAAGAGGGCUUACUUCCGUCGGUGUCUGUUCGCAGGCAUGGAAGUCAUCUUCACAGCAAUCGCCCAGGGUCCCCGGAAAUGCCUGGUUACCAAGGAGCUGGUUGAUGAAACGCUGAUGCUUGAAGGCCUGCUGCCCGUGGCCAUGUUCAACUUGAAAGCAGCAGUUGAUCCGGUGGUGACCGCCAGUGAUGCCAGUGAGACCGGAGGUGGUCUGUGUUUCGCCAGCCGUCUCACCAUGGCUGGCAUUCAAGAGGCCGAGUCCUUGCUUGAGGGACGGCCUUUGGAGGAGGAGAAAAGAGAGGUGCCAGAAGAGAUCAGCGGUGAAGAAAGGGUCCUUGUGAUUGACCUUUUUGCUGGCAUAGGGGGCCUAGGUGAGGCCCUGAAGAAAGCUGGGGUUCCUUGGAGACAUCUGGUGGCAGUUGAGAAAGACGCCAACUGCAGAAGACUGCUACGGAGAGCUCAUCCAGGUUGUGAGUUUGUGGUGGACAUUAAGAAGUUUGACAAAGGAGCUCUGAAAAAGGCGAUAGGAAAGGUGCCAAAUAUCACAGGAAUCGUGGUUGGCGGUGGUAGUCCGUGCCAGGGACUGUCAACGCUAUCGUCAGAGAGAAAGCACCUGGCCGAUGAGCGCAGCGCCCUUUUCUUUGAGGCGGUUCGGGUGCUCGAGAUGGUUCAGAAAGAAGCAGCUGAGCAAGGAAUCUGGGCAGUCCGGUUUGUGGAAAAUGUGGUAGCGGACUAUGAGGACAUUGAGGAAAUGAGUGAGGCCCUCAAGAUGGAACCAGUGAUGGUGGAUGCCCGGCACAUGUCGCUGGCCAGGCGGCCCCGAUUGUUUUGGCUGUCGGUGACACUCGCUGACGAGGAGGAAAUUGACAGCAUUCCAAGAAGAGGGUUCGUCGAAAAGGUCUAUCGGUCCAAGGUGCUGGAGGAGCCAUCAGAUUUUCUGGACGAAGGUUGCUCCUGGCCAGCCUGGGCUGAGAACAACAAGUUGCGGUACCCACCAUACACCUACCACAAGGACUUCAUGAUCCUGGAAGAUGGUGCGCUCAGACCAUUGCGUGCCAAGGAAAGAGAGGUGCUCAUGGGGUUCCCCCCGGGCCACACAGAAAAACUUUUGAAGAAGAAGCCGACCAGUGAGGAGGAGAAGCAAAGCUCAGAGGACCUCCGCUCGGCUGCAAUUGGAAAUUCGUUUCACACCAAUUCAGUAGCAGCGCUGUUUGAUCAUUGCUUCAGCAGCAUGGGCCUGAAGACCAGAAAGGGGCCAACCAAGAUAGUUGAAGAGUACCUCGCAAAGCUGAGGGAGAAAAUCAAGGAAGAGAUCGAGGUAGCAGGUGAUGAAGCAGCAGAGGAUAUAGAUGAGGAAGAGGCAGCAGAGACAGAGGGCCUGGAAGAUCAUGAGACCCAGAGCGUGAUUGGUGCGGAGCACUGUGAGUUACUGGAGCGCGAGGCCCAGAACCAGCAGCUGCUGGAUGACACAGUGCGCUCUGAUGAGCGUCUGAGCCAAGCACUUGUGGCAGCCUACAUUCGAAGGCAGGAGUAUCGGGGCUCCGAUGUCAGGCUCGAUCUUGGGUCUUUGUAUCGACCGGACUCAUUUCCGAGGGGGUCGAUCCAGGCAAACCGCUGGAGGUGGCAUACUGCCACCGCUUACCGGUUUCGCAUCACUGAGCACAUCAAUUGCUUGGAGCUCAGAGCAUUGGUGCAGGGCCUGGAGUGGAGGUGCCGGAAGGCUUGUUUUGGAGAUUGUAGGGCCCUCCACCUCACGGACUCUCAGGUUGCCCUAGCGGUGGCGGUAAAAGGAAGAUCCAGUUCCCGUGCGCUCAAUCGGUUGCUGAAGCGGUAUGCGGCCUUGCAGAUUGGAAGUGGGGUGUAUCCUCUGUUGGCUUGGGUUGAAUCUGAGGACAACCCAGCCGACGAACCAAGCAGGAGGUAUGCCACCAGGGCAACUCAGUUGUGCCCAAAAACGUUAAUGGCCCUAUCCGGGCAAGCGUUUCGUUGGAACCAGCAGGCCUUUGGGUGGCUCCUGGUGAUUGGCUUCACCCUGUUUCUUCGUACAGGGGAGUUGCUCAGCAUCCAAGCAAAGGAUGUGAUCCUCACCCGAAACAGUGGGGUGCUUUAUCUUCCCCCAUCUAAGACGGGGAAGCGCAACUUCUUACCUUUGAAACGAGUGGAAAUCCAGGAACGUGCAACCAUCCAGGCGUUCACCGCGCUGCUUCGUAACAAAGCUCCUGGAGACUUUUUGUGGGGGCAAUCCCGAGGACAGUUUAUGUCACUCUGGCAUUCCAUCAUCCAAAGCCUGAAGUUGGAUGGAAUGGCCUACUACCCAUACAGUCUCAGGCGCGGUGGCGCUACCAGCGCUUACAAGGCUGGAUCCUCUUUGGAUCAGCUGGUCAGCCGUGGCCGAUGGGCUCAUGUCCAAACUGCCAGAUUGUAUUUGGACACUGGCAUGCAGGCCCUGGCCAAUAUUACCAUCCCUCCCUCUGCCCAACCCCUUCUCCAUCGCGCCACUGCUGCCUUUUUGGCGGCAAACCAGGAAGGGACGCGUGGAAGGGCAGGAGCCCAUCAAGCAGGAGGCCUCUUGUGA